CUGAUCUACACAGCGCAGUAACCAGUAAGGGAAGUGAAGUACAGCUACGGUUUAAUUGUCUCAAGAUGUCAGCAGAUAUUUAUGCCAAACCAGAUGUGUCAAAGAAGGUGAGAUACAACAGAAAUGUGCAGGAAGACAAAGAAGAAUGGGAGGAGAGGGAGGUGGAAAUAUACGAGGCUGUAGACGCUAUCGGGGAUGAUCACACUGAUAAUCAGCCACACGGAGGAGGACCGCACACUGAGAGGCAUCCUCCAGCCGUCCAAUGGAGGCCUUUCAGGACUGCAGCACUCUGUCUAGCAGUGCUCUGCUUUCUGAUGAUAACUGGAAUCAUCAUCCUUUCUGCAUACUAUAAUCUAGUCACUUUGGAGAAAGACCAGCUGCAGACCAGAUAUGAAAUGCUGCAGACCAGAUACGAUAUGCUGCAGACCACAUACAACCAACUGAGCAGCAACUACAGCCAGAUCCAGAGGAAAGUUUCUGAGAAGUGGUGUCCUGACGGAUGGAACAGAUCUGGAUGCAGUUGUUACUUUAAAUCUAAGGAGAAGAACUAUUGGACUGUAAGCAGAGAUUACUGUCAGAAGAGAGGAGCACAUCUGGUCGUCAUAAACAACGAAGAGGAACAGAAGUUUGUCACUGAGCUGAGUAAGGAUGGAGAGUCCUGGAUUGGUCUAUGGCAGGAAUGGAGAAAUAGAGAAUGGAAAUGGGAAUGGGUUGACAGAUCACCGCUGACAGAAACGUUCUGGGCACCAGGACUGCCUCACGAUGACAGUUACAAGAACGCUGCAACAUGCUGCGAUCAACAAGGAAACUGGACACAAAGAAGAUGUAAUUAUCAAACUAAGAAGUGGAUCUGUGAGAAAUAGAUUCUCUGAACUCUGUGAUUACAGAGGGGUGUGUAGUGUUGGGAUCAGCUUUGUCAAAUCAGACUAAUUGACAUUUUGCUCAGUAGUUUAUUCUGUGUUGCUAAAUAACCUGGAUUACAGAGAUAUCGUCCCUCUGCCCUUCAUAGUGAACAAUCUGGUUAGAAGUCAUGAGAACUUACUCUGUAGUCCUACAGGAUUAUAAUAGUAAAAGUAAAUAAAAACAUGGAAUUGCAGGUUGUCAGCUUUUAGAACAUUUUACACACCACCCAAAAUAAAACCCCUCCCUACCUCCAUCUCUCCUCCCUAACUCAACUCUACAACCUAUCAAAUCAAAUAAUUAUUAAUUUCUUACACUGCAGCUGGUAUUCUUGUAUGUGUAUCUUAUUCCAUUGUACCCUGUUCUUAUUUUUUUUUUAUCUCUUUCAUGAAAGUUUUUAACUGCUCUCUAAUGUUUGAUGUAAAGCAUUUUGAAUUGCCUUGUUGCUGAAAUGUGCUCUAGAAAUAAAGUUGCUUUGCCCUACAA